UUAUUAGCAUGCGUAGUGAGGGAGAAAUUCAUUCAUACAAAAAAAAAAAAAGUCCAUUCAUGAAAAUUGCAACAUCCUCGGCUACCUCUUGAGCUACAGCCCACUCUCUAAUUAAGACCUGGCUUUUAGAACGCAAUUGAAAGACUGUGAGGGUUCCUGCCUGCACUGUGUGUGUGAGCCUGCAAGAGAUAACAUGUCUGCAUGGAGAUAUCGUGGAAUACUACACUGGCUGCUGAACAGUUGUGGUCAGAGACAGCAAGACUGACCUGAGUUUUCUGCUGAACUGGGACUAACACUGGACUGGUAUUUAAUGCAUAGGGGGUACAUUAAGAUUAUGGUAUGGCUAAGCAACACAUUGCUCUUUCUUUUCAGCUGUGAAGAAAGCUUCAGUCAGUGGGUGGGCUGAAUUUUUGCAGACAAUGUAAAGAGAGUGCAGCUGUAUUUUUUAGAGGCAGAAUUUAAAGCAGUUUUGUCAGGAGACUUUAUUUUCUUGUAGAGAUGCACUGUGAGCAAAAUAAGCAAUGCACCAGAAUGCGUUACAAACACAAGUCACUGUGAUUCUUGCUUCUUUCUGUUGUUAAUUCCAAUUGCUUUUAAGCUAUGGAUAGGUGCUUUUGGCUAAAGGCUUGUGUGCAACAUAUACUUUAUAUUUUAGAUCUGAAAAAGGAAUUGCUUGUAGUGCAAUAUAUAAUUGAUUUUGUUUCCUAAAUUUUUCAAGGAAAAUAAAGAGUAACUAAGCAGCUAAAUAAGUAAAGGUAGGAUCCAUUACUUUGUAUAUUGUUAUAGUUGGAUUCCAGCUAUCAGAUUUCCUUUAUACUGAUUUGUUGGAGCCCUGGCAGUGUAUGCAGGAGUGUGUGGUUUCAGCAGUCUCAAUAGUCCCUGGCUAUGAGAGAACACAAUCCGUUCAGCCUUAGGGGACACGCACUGCAUGUAGGACUCUUUGGACAGUUGGGCAUGCUUCACAGGGCGAAAUACAGCCGACUCCGCAAUGAUUCGAUCACCUCCCUGGAUGAUGGCAUGCAAAGCCCCACACCAGUGCUGAAGGUGCCUUCUUCAACCUGCUCCUCCUCCUCCUGCCCUCCCUCCACCCCAGGCUCUCCUGCCGACCAAACUUCCCUGGCAUCUUCAGAGGAGGGCACCACCACCCUUUGCACUUUCCUCCCCAGGAUGGCCAACAUUAAACUCUCCAACCCGGCUGGCUUGUUGGGACUAAAAAGCUUUGCCCUGGCCGCUAAAGAGGUGCCGAGGACCAAGCUGACCAACAGCGUGAUGGCCCACUGUGCCCCUACAUCCCCGGAGAUCAGUCUAACCAGUUACCUGUCUGCCUCCUCUCCCCUUCAACAGGAUUUUCAUAUUGAUAAGUUAGGCACCACCAGCACAAAUAGCCCUGGCCAAGGAGGUGGGCAGCAGCCUGGAACUGAGGGAUCUUUGUCCCUAAACAAACUAGGAGGAGGAACUGAGCAGACCAGCCAAGACUGCCUGGAAACUGGGAUGACCUACUACGUAAAGUAUAUUGGCUGUUUGGAAGUGCUGCAGUCAAUGAGGAUGCUGGACUUUGGUACCAGAACACAAGUCACAAGAGAAGCCAUCAGCCGGUUGUGUGAGAUUGUGCAAAGUACAAAAGCAGCAUCAAAGAGGAGGAAGCCUCCAAGUAAAGGCCUGUCUGCUGUUCUCGGGAAGAGUAACCUACAGUUUGCAGGAAUGCAUAUAAAACUUAUAGUAUCUACAAACAGCCUCAGUUUAACUACAGUCGACUCCCAACAGCAGAUUAUUGCCCAUCACCAUAUGCAGUCUAUUUCAUUUGCCUCUGGAGGAGAUCCUGAUGCUACCGAUUAUGUUGCUUAUGUUGCAAAAGAUCCUGUGAAUCAAAGAGCUUGCCAUAUCUUGGAAUGCCCAGAUGGAUUGGCCCAAGAAGUUAUAAGCGCUAUAGGGCAAGCUUUUGAACUUCGCUUCAGACAGUUCCUCAAUAAUCCUUCGCCCCUAAUCACACCCCAGGACAGCAGGAUGGCGGAAACAGACAGUGUUGCCUGGACUGUGGAGAGUAAAGAGACCCGCGAGUAUUACAAUGAGAUCCCUGGUAAACAGCCCCCGCCAGGUGGGAUACUAGACAUGAGGAUACAAUUGGAGUCAGCAGUGCAGAAAACUCAAGACAACAGCCAGUGUGCAGACCAGCUGAGAUGGAGCGGCAGCCCACAACACAUCAGCAUGUAUGAAAACUGUUCACUGACACAGAAGCAGCUCUGCCCUACUGUAGAAGCUACUAAGGCUGUUUACAACGGCUUGCCAGACAGCAGCUCUCUUAGUGUCCUCCAGCACAUAAAGGAGCAGCUGAGGAAUGAGGUUUGGUAUCAUGGCAAGAUGGGCAGGAAGGAGGCAGAGAGUCUUCUCAAAGACAAUGGGGACUUCUUAGUGCGGGAGAGCACAACCUCGCCAGGCCAGUAUGUGCUGAGUGGGUUACAAGAAGGCACCGCCAAGCACUUGCUAUUGGUGGAUCCAGAGGGCAUGGUAAGGACCAAGGAUCACUUAUUUAACAGUGUGGGGCAUCUUAUUCGCUACCAUGUGAAAAACCAGCAACCAAUCAUCUCCUCAGGAAGUGAACUGUGUCUGAGGGAGCCAGUCAGGCCAAAGCAGCAGACCACUACUGGACACCUGAAAUGAAGACAGGUCCCCUUAUGAAUAAAGUCAUUCAUUCAUACAAGUAAACUGUUAAAUGUGUACUUCACACUUGCAUGGUCACACUGCGACUUAUAGUGAUAACUAUGUUCUUGAUCUGAGCACAAUACCAAAUCCAUAUCUUUGACAGUAAAAUACAGCCAAAACAAGCAAUCAAUAAAGUGUGACCCAUAUCCAAUAUAUGUGUCAAAGCACAACUGUUUAACUGUACUGUACCAACAUGGACUGAUUACAGUUUCAGUGCUGAUGAAAAUGUGUCUUGAUGCAUUAAUAUGUUUAAUAGAAUAUAAAAAAACAACCUAAACUUAUGGAUUUCAUUAGCACAUUGCCUAUUUUGUAAUAGCUGGUGAUUCUGUUCACUCAAAAAUUUGCCAAAUUGAAAUCGUGCAGCACAUUCGGCUUGUUGCUUUUAUGUAAGGGUGUUUGCCUUUUGAAAGCACUUUGGUAACAGUUUUACUAUAUGUAUUAUACCAGCUUGGAUCAUAUGGAGUACAAACCAGGGGUUAAAUUGUCCCGGAUUGCACCAGAUUCCAGAUCCGGUAACUUUUUUUGACAGGCCAGAAUUAAACUGUUUUAUGUACAACAUGUACAAUAAUAAUAAUAAU